AUGGACGAGGUAAUAGCCACUGAUAGCGAAGUUUUAUAUGCCAAAGCGAUUCUUGCAUUGGACUACACCCUAUCCGAAUACAUAUCUAGUGACAAUGUGGCUAAUGCUUUACUAAGAGUGGUGCCUUUGGUGUACAGAUAUACAAAGAGAGAUCCCAAGGCACAAAUCAACUUCUCUGCCAAUCAAAUUGUCGGAUUGAUAUUGUCUUCUGUAUCAUUGAAUAGUCCAAUCGAGAAAUUGUCAAAGAUAUUAUCGGAUUUCCUCUCUCAGUGCCUUUCUUACUCUUGCUCUCUAGGGCAGUCUGAUGAUUUCACCUUGAUUUUUGAUAAUCUUCCUCCAAUCAUUGCUCAGUCAUUAUCAUUGAACGAAGAAGAACUUAUGAAGGCUGCCAAAUGUACAAUAGAAGCUAGCGAUGAAGUGGCAAUCAAAUACCAGUACGAUUAUCUCGGCAAGGAAAGUUCUUCAUGGGAUCGAUCAUCCUAUGAGUUGAUGUUCUUUUCCUUUUGUAGGGCCAGAAUCUUUAGACACAACGAAUUUGACCUUUCAUUUGUCCUUUCCGAAAAAAUGUUACAAGAGGUUUUGCAGUUCUCGUUAUCUUCUAAGCAGUUGGAGAACUGGUUCUAUGGAUUUGACUAUCCGUUGGAGCAUCUCUCUAAGUUUACCGAAGUGCCUCCGUUGGUUGACUUUGAUACCCUAUAUUCCGAUAUCGACCAGAUUGAUCUUAUAAUGAAUACGGCCAUCAGUAAGUGGUGCUUUGAGGAGCUCACCAAUUCCACGUUGAUACCAUACUUGAAUUAUCGGUUUCAAUUAUGGGACGCUUUCAAUGAAUGGCUCAUUAAGUUCGGAGAUAAAAUAAUUUGUGAGACGGAGAAAGAUAUGGUGGUUUACCAUUACAAGAUUGUGUUGGAACUGAUAAGGCAGGACAGCUUACUCAAAGCUGUGUCCAAGCACAGUGAGGUGAUGAACAAAUUUGUCUCAAUAUUGAUAUCCAUAAUAUACUUAUGUCCAAAGGCUAUUCUUGAGGUCCUUGUUGAUUCCAAGGAGAUACUUGUUUCACUCAAAUCGCUGAAUCUAGAUGAAGGUGAACCUACCUCCGAAUUGAUGCAUUGCUCAGAAGACAGUAUUGAGAGAAUGUAUCCGAAGGUAGCUCCCACCCAAUCGUUUCUUCGGAAUUGCGAAAAGAUCAUUGAAACUGCACAGAGACUAUAUGCGAACGACCUUUCCUUGGUCGAGAUUGUGAAUCUCAGCUCUUCCGACAAAACUGUACAGCUUACAGAGUUACACAAAUUUAUAGACAGUGAAUCCAAAUAUGGAAGAAACUCCAAGCAAUGGGAAGCUCUAUUAAAGUCUAUCUAUUGGAUUUUUGAUAAUACCAACAUUUUCAGGAAGGUCGAAAGAGAAACUUUGGAUGAGAUGAUACUUACCAAGUUGUUGGAUCUAAAAUAUUUCAAUGUGAUCGCAAAAGUGUUCACGGGUAAGUUUUGCAAGCUUCCUCUUGAGAGAUCACAACAGCUUAUUAUGAAGUAUGCGUGGUAUCAUUAUAAACAUGCCACAAACUGUGACCCGACAAUAGGCUCAUUGAAGAAUUCACUGGAAUGCUUGGAUCUCAUCGGGGAAAAUACAAAAGAUUGUGAUCAGCUAAGGACAUUGAUAGAUGCCAAUCGAGCUCUAUUACAGUGGAAGAUCUCUUUCACGCCGGGAGUCCCAGUUACACCUAAACAGAUAUUAGAAAUCAAUGAUCCACAAAAAAUCAUUUAUCGUAUUCUUGAGUUGAAUAGUGGUAGUUACAAGCAUGCCAAUGUACUCUUUGGAUUGAUGAAAUCAUUGAUUAUAGGGUUGAACAGUUACUACCUUGAUAAGACGUUUAUAUAUGCUAAAGGGGAUGAAGAUGACGAAGAGUUGAAUCCUUUGCUCAAUAAGGUGAAACUAACAUGCCUUGAUUUUGCAUCUGCUGACGAUUCAAACUUCGCUUAUGCCUUAUCUGUCGAAUUGUUGAAUGUUGCUGUGGAGAAUAAGCUAAAAUUCCCUGAAUUGUUUCUUAUGAUAUCGGAAAAAUGGUUUUCAUUUUUUCAGUUUGUCAAAAAUGAAAUUGAAGAGAGUCCAUCUUUGCAGAGUGUGGAUAGAAAGCUUUCCAUUCUUGGGCAACUUAUCCUCGUUACUCCUACUGAAUUCAACAUCCCUGUUCUUGAACAUUGGCAAUUGCUAAAUACUGAACGUGAACAGCUUUCCGGUCAGGCGGAGAGGUUCGAUGGUAAUCUGGGGAGUACAUUUCUUCACCAACAUCAUGAUAUCAAUACUUUUCAGCUCUGA